AUGGAUGCCUCAUCGUUGUGCCUGAAUAACACAAAUUUUGCAUUUGCGACGACCGUGGACAAACAACGUUGCAUCGCCAAAACUAUCUCACAAUUUCAUGGCCAUCUCGCUGAAAGAUCUAGCCAUUUUUUAGGUUAUCACAUCAACCAAAAUUGCAACCAUUUGAUGGAUUUAUCACCUUUAUUGCGUUUCCAUAUCAAUAAUAUUGGUGACCCAUUUAAGGAAAGUAACCUCAGUUUGCAUUCUAAAAAAUUUGAGGUGGCGGUUUUGGAUUGGUUUGCUGAGCUAUGGGAGAUUGAGAAAGAUGAAUACUGGGGCUACGUCACCAAUGGUGGAACAGAAGGCAAUAACCAAGGACUCUUACUAGGGAGAGAUUUACUGCCAGAUGGGAUUUUAUACGCAUCAAAAGAGUCACACUACUCCAUCUUCAAAGCAUCAAGAAUGUACCGAAUGGAGUGUCAAAUAAUAGACACCUUAAUUACUGGGGAGAUAAAUUGCACCGAGCUAAGAGAAAAACUUUUUCUCAACAAGGAUAAACCAGCCAUCGUCAAUGUCAACAUUGGGACAACUUUCAAAGGAGGUGUCGACAACCUUGAUCUUAUCAUAAAGACAUUAGAGGAAUGCGGCUUCUCACACGAUCGAUUUUACAUACAUUGUGAUGCAGCAUUAAAUGGGCUAAUCUCUCCUUUCCUUGAAUACGGCCCAAAACUAAGUUUCAAGAAGCCCAUUCGGAGCAUAAGUGUCUCUGCCCACAAGCUACUGGGCUCAUCAAUACCAUGUGGCGUGCUCAUGACAAGGAAAGGUCGCAUCACUAAUAAUCUAUCAGAAAAUGUUGAGUAUAUCGACACUUUGGACACUACAAUAUCUGGGAGUCGAAACGGCCACGCGCCAAUCUUUAUAUGGUAUGGCUUAAAAAUGAAAGGUCGCAGUGGACUUCAUACAGAAGUCAACAAGUGUUUGACUAAUGCCAAGUACUUGAGAGAUGGAUUUAAAAAUGCGGGUAUCAGCGCUAUGCUUAAUGAGUCGAGCAUUGUGGUUGUUUUCGAGCGACCUUUGAGUCGUGAGUUUAUUGAUUAUUGGCAACUUUCCCUUCUAGAAAAAAUGGCUCAUGUUGUUGUGAUGCCUCAUGUAACGGUAAAAAUGUUGGAUGAUUUUCUCGACGAUCUUGUUCAAAACAGAGAGAUUUGGUAUGGGAAUGGAAAAGUUCAACCACUUUGUCUGGCCGAGGAAAUUGGGGUUUCUAAUUGUGCUUGCUUGGUUCACAUGAAUUAAUGGGAUGUAGCUUCCCUGGAAAU